AUGCCUACGACUGAGAUUGCAGUCUUCCCACUCAAGGCCGGUGCAAACAUAGGCGACCCAGACAACCAUGCCUCCCCCGUCGUCAAUGACACCCUCGACACCUUGAAGACCAUCGAUGGCAUGCAACAAAUCAAUUUUGGCAUGCAAAUGGAAGACCAAUCCCAGUUCCAGCUGAUGGUCACCUGGGACAAAUACGACUCCCACAUGACCUUCACGAAAACGAACACCUAUGGCCCCUUCCUGAACAAAUUCCUCAAAAUCGUCGACGGCGAACCCUCAAUGAUGCACGCGGACUUCCAACCCGAAGGCGCCAUCAACAAAGCUUUCGCAGCUCCAGCGACCGAAAUCGCCACCUUCUACUUCGAUGGCGAGCCGCCAUCAAACUACCUCGAGGAUGUCGAAAAGUGCACCAAGAUCAUCGAGAAGGAAGCCGAUGGGUUCUUGGGCGCGGCUGUAGGUAUCACUUACGAGACGCUGGAGAAGGAGGGCGUUAAGGGCAAGGCUGCUGUGCUUGCUGUUGGGUGGCAAAGCAAGGAGGCGCAUAUGGCGUUUCGGGAGACGCAGUGCUUCAAGGACAACAUCCACCUUUUGAGAGGAGGAGCCAAGAAGAUCACCAUGUGGCACGUGCAGUUCAUGGAAUACCAGGGCUAA